AUGUAUUACGUAGCGAAAUUACUCGCUAUUGUUUCAUUGGCUUAUGCACAGCCUAAAAUUCAAAAUGUACCGCACAACAUGGUAACAGUUCCGACUAAUUGUCCCGAAGGUCAACAACUUAUCAAUGGAGUAUGCCGCGAUGUUUGGAGACUGGAUCCUUCUAAUCCUCUCAUGAUGGUAGCAGAGGAAGUUAUUCAGAGUAACAAGGAUAAGGCGCCUCUUAAUAUGGUAACAGUUCCAACGAACUGUCCGGAAGGACAACAGCUGGUCAACGGAGUAUGUCGUGAUAUUUGGAAAUUAAAAGCAACAAGUCCUAUACCAUUCAUGGCUAAAGGAACUGAAAACAGAAUGUUUGCUGAUAUAGGAGAACGCAUUCGUUCAGCCAUCACAUAUCAGCGUGAGAAGCGGCAAGUAGCUUUCGAUGCAGAAGAAGCGCUUCAAUGGAUGGAUAGUACUAAUAUAGACAGAAAUAUCAUAAGUAUCCCCAACCAAUGUCCCCUUGGAUACAAACCUGAUGCGCUUGGAAUUUGCCGACCGAUUUUUGACUAA